AUGUCUUCUUGUCGUGUGGCGGCUUGCGUGGCCGCGCUGGCUGCGGUAUGCUGCGCUCUGCCCAACGCUGUUCUAACCCUUGACCUGAACAAGCUUUACGGUCAUCAUACCAAGCGUUCUGAGUACUGCCACCCGUACGAGCCGUUCAAGUGUCCUGUGGACGGCAACUGCAUCUCCAUCCAGUACUUGUGCGAUGGCGCACCAGACUGCAUCGACGGCUACGAUGAAGACUCUAAACUUUGCACUGCUGGUAAGCAUUUAACAUUUUUAAGGGGAAAACCACACGCAUAUACUUAG